AUUCAAAUAUAUGUAUCUAUAAGAGGGUGAAUUAUGGCUGCAUUUAGAAAUAUUAAAAGUAUAACACAGAUUUCGAAACUAUUCAACAAUGCAGUUUCGAAUAGAACUGUAAUUCCUGCAAAUACUGUGUUAGCAAUAAGGAAUUUAAGCACUACGAAAUGCCUUGGAGGUUUAAUGGAAUUUUUCGAUGAUGAAAAGAAUUGGGGUGUCAAUGAAGUCAAGACAGGCAAAUCAUGGAGUAUCGAUGAAUUAAGAAUCAAAUCCAAUUCAGAUUUACACAAGUUAUGGUUCGUUUUACUUAAAGAGCGUAAUAUGCUCUUGACAAUGGAAGAGGAAAGUAAGGAGGAAACUAGACUUUUUCCAAGUCCUGAGCGUAUUGAUAAAGUGGAGGUAUCAAUGGAUAAUUUGGAAGCUGUGGUGAAGGAACGUAACAAGGCGUACUUUGAAUUGGAAACUGGAGAAACGGGCGAGCGUAAAGUUGAAGAGAUUAUGGGUCCAUUUGGUUUACCUGUACAACAUGAACAAGAGGAAUAUCUGAUACCAAAACAUAUGAAUGCUGAAUGGCAGAAGAAGCAUGUCCACGAUGUUGACAAUGCUGAUGUCAAGAAGUUCGUCAGGCUCUACAAGGAAAAAGAGAUGCGAGAAAAAAGGCAACAGCAGACGCGCGAUUUCAAUCACGUUAUUGGAUUGCUGAAAAGAUUCCCCGAUAUGGAUAUGGAAGCGCUAAAAGCCAAAUAUCCAGACGUUGACAUUGAUAAAGCAAAGAGGAGCAGAAAAUGCAGAGGUCACUUUGUUCCUAAAUAAUGUAUCUAAAAUAAAUAAAUGUUAGUUUAAAUUUA